CCUAAAGGUAGCGCUGGAGGAGUACAUGAUGCGGAUGCCAAAGGUUCGCAUCCUGAGGACCAAGAAGAGGGAGGGGCUGAUUAGGACUCGCCUGCUUGGAGCCGCUGCAGCUAAAGGAGAAGUCAUCACCUUCCUGGACUCCCACUGUGAGGCCAACGUCAACUGGCUGCCCCCACUGCUGGACCGAAUCGCCCAGAACAGGAAGACCAUCGUGUGUCCAAUGAUUGACGUCAUCGACCAUGACAACUUUGGCUAUGACACGCAGGCGGGGGACGCCAUGCGAGGAGCGUUCGACUGGGAAAUGUACUACAAACGGAUACCCAUCCCUCCAGAGCUGCAGGGGGAUGACCCCAGUGAACCCUUUGAGUCACCAGUGAUGGCAGGUGGGCUGUUUGCUGUGGACAGGAAGUGGUUCUGGGAGUUGGGAGGAUAUGACACAGGUCUGGAGAUCUGGGGAGGAGAACAGUACGAGAUCUCCUUCAAGGUGUGGAUGUGUGGUGGUCGGAUGGAGGACAUCCCUUGCUCCAGGGUAGGACACAUCUAUAGAAAAUACGUCCCCUACAAGGUCCCUGGUGGGAUCAGCUUGGCGAAGAACCUAAAGCGUGUGGCAGAGGUAUGGAUGGAUGAAUACGCCGAAUACGUCUACCAGCGUCGGCCCGAGUACAGACACCUGUCAGCGGGUGAUAUGACGGCCCAGAAGGAGCUGAGGAACCGCCUCAACUGCAAGAGCUUCAAGUGGUUCAUGAGCGAGGUGGCCUGGGAUCUGCCCAAACACUACCCAAUGGUGGAACCUCCUGCUGCUGCAUGGGGAGAAAUCCGGAAUGUGGGUAGUGGGAUGUGUAUGGAGAUCAAACACUUUGUGUCAGGGAGUCCCAUCCGCCUGGAGAGCUGUGUGAAAGGACGGGGCGAGGUGGCCUGGAGUCAUGGACAGGUGUUAACAUUUGGUUGGAGGGAGGAUAUCCGGGUGGGUGACCCCAUGCACACAAGGAAAGUCUGCUUUGAUGCCGUCUCCCACAACAGUCUCGUCACCCUGUACGACUGUCACGGCAUGAAGGGGAACCAGCUGUGGCGCUACAGAGAGGAUAAAAGUCUGUAUCACCCCGUCAGUAACAGCUGUAUCGACAGCAGCCCAAGCGAGCGGCGAGUCUUCAUGAACACGUGCGACCCCUCCUCUCUUAGCCAGCAGUGGCUGUUUGAGAGAACCAACGCCACCGUCCUGGAGCACUUCAACCGGGGCGCUAAUUGAGGCCACUGGACAAUGAGAUAAGGCGUCUUCCAAAGAAAAAGGCCAUGAAACAAUGAUCACCUUUGAUCAGAUAAGACUGGAAGCUACAAGUGAAUGACGUGCCGCUUCAGAAACAUUCCCAGUGGUACAGCAGCAAGGCAGCGUGCUGGCUGAGAGCAGAAGAGCUGGUCGGACCACACCCAACAACCAGAAUACAGUCAUACAUCAUGAGCUUGUGAUGAGGAAGAAGGGUGGGAGAACCACAUCAAAACCUGAUUGUCUUGUGGAAAUCCAAUAAAACAACAGAGCUCUUACAGACCUCAAGAAUUUCCAAGAGUCGGAAACACAAACACGAACUCUGCUGUAUUUAAUGGAUUGUCUUGUCACCUUGUCUUUUUCAGUUGUUGCCUUAACAAUUCCAACAAUGGGAAAUACUUGCUCCAGAUGUUUUCAUCCAAGGUACCAAAAAGCAAAUGUGGGACUUUUUGCAAGAUAUGAAAAAAAAAGCAAAACAUAAAACAAUCACUCGUGCACAGUGUGCAGAUGCAUCGCAAGACUAUAUAUAUCUAUAAAGACUCAUCUUGAAAGUGCAAUUUUUUCCUACUGAGCAAUAAAGCAACACAGUUAUUUUAUGUCAGUUUCUAUUGUGAGAUGAUUUUUUAUUAAAAUACGUACAAUAUUUUGCUGUCUGAUGAUUUACAGGUAACUUGACUUCUCCUUCUCCUCCUUCAAGCAGUAAUGGCAAACACACAUUCUCCGACCUUCUAAUGAUUGUUUGGUUAGCAAAAUGUGUGGGGCACUACCCCCCAUAGCCUUUGCAAGUAAAGAAAAACACAUACUAUUACAGUUCAUUUUAUACAGCAACCUAAUCCCAUAUCUUAUCAAAUACCGUCCAAGAGAUGCAGGCAACCUACACUGUAAACACCAUGCAGUAGCUGAUGU